UAUGGAGAUAAAUGCAGGGAUUACAAUGACUUAGGAGGAGAGCGCUUACAACUCUUGCUUUCCAGUAAUGCACUCCAUCACUGUGGCUCUGGCCGUGUGUGGGUGUGUGUGUGUGUGUAUGUGUGUGAGAGAGUGUGUUCAUAUGUGGAUGGAUGUAUGUGUGCGAGUGAGCGAGCUAGAGGAGGGUGUCUUCCAAUGCAUGCAUCGCCAGUGUGUGUGCGCUCCAGCCUCAGUGGUCGCGAUGCUCUCCGUUCCUGCUUCUCUGAUGUCUUCCAAGCGACCAGCCUCUCCAUAUGGGGGGACAGAUGGAGAGAUAACCAUGGCAACCAGCAGACAGCGAAUGGAUGAUGAGGAGAGCGAAGGACUGGGCGGUGUCAUCCACCUCCCCCUGGCCUCCUACUGCAGCAAAGUGUCCCCUCGCUCGCCCGCCAACCGCAGCUUGGACAGCCCCACCAACAUGGAUCAAGAUGGCACUAAGGGGAGCUCUCUGAGUCCUUACCCCCAGCACAAUUCUACCUCACCGGGCAAAGAGGAAGGCGGAGGCGGGGGACGGCCCUGCAGCGACGGGGGCUCAGUCGCGGGCGCCCUGGGAACCCCAGAGAGACGCAAGGGCAGCCUGGCAGACGUGGUGGACACACUGAAACAACGCAAGAUGGAGGAGCUGAUCAAGAAUGAGCCAGAAGGCCACUUGGUGAAACGGCUCGUGCUGGAGUGUGUGUGUGUGUCAUUAUGUGGAAUAAUGAGAGCACAGUGCAGAGCAGCGGCGCGGGAGGCGCGGGGUCGAGAGGAGAGUCGGUGCUUAAACCCCAAGAUACAUGGCUGGGCGUUCAGGAUGAACACAAGCACACACUCACCUGGGUCAGACAGGUCCCUUGGAGUUGCCAUUUACCCCCAUGUAACCCCUGUGCCAAAGAGCAAUGACUAGUGAUAAUGUAUUAGCCCAGCUGUGGAAUAACAGAGGGAUGGAUACGAUAGAUGCAUAGAUAUGAUAGAUGGAUAGAUACAAAAGAAAGAUGAGAUAGGUA